ACACAUUCAAACCACACUGCACUCACAGCUCAGCAUCACACACACCUUGGAGGACCUUUCUUUCCUUCUUUCUUCCAGUAACUUAUUAUGGAACUUUAAAGUGUUUAACUUCUCUUCUAAUGUUUUUGGAAAUAACAUCAGCAAGCAACUAGAUGAGCCUGCAGUUACAUUAUGGUUCUGGGCCAAGCUGUCAACAUGAGUUUGAUGGACAUUUCUAAGAUAUUCUCCCUGCUGCAGCCUAAGGAGGAGGAUGAGGACAACGAGCAGUGUCAGGCCCUGAACAACGCGGUGAGCAGCAACGAUGUGACUCUGCUCUCUGAGCUUCUGUCUCAGGAGAGUUACAGGAAGUCUAUCAAUGCUCGGAGUGGGUGGGGGGUCCCAGUAACCCCCUUGCGCACUGCCGCUGCUCUGGGACACCUGAGGUGCUUGGAGUUGUUGUUGGAACAUGGUGCAGAGAUUGACAGCCUGGACGUGAAGGCCCAGACCCCCCUGUUCACAGCUGUCAGUGGGAAACAUCUGGACUGUGUGGUUGCUCUGCUGAAGGCUGGAGCUGAUCCCAACGGCAGCCAGUACAACAACUGCUCCCCCGUGCUGACUGCAGCCCGAGAGGGCGACGUAAACGUGCUCAGAGAGCUCCUGCGGUUCGGAGCUGAGGUGGACGUCAGACCCAAAGUCCCAGAGUGGGCCUCCAGUGCCACAGCCUGCAGGGGGCCCCUUUAUAUCUCAGCUGUUUAUGGACACCUGGAUGGCUUUAAACUGCUCCUUCUCCACGGGGCCAACCCCAACUUCAACUGCACAGAUGAGAAGCUGCUGGCCAGGAUAAAGCAGCCAAAGACAGUUCUGGAGGUGUGUCUCCGUUAUGGCUGCGGGGUGGAGUACAUCCAGCUUCUCAUAGACUUUGGGGCAGACGUGUAUCUUCCCACACUGAUCAUUGACAAGACUACUAAACAGAAUGAAGCUCUGGGUCUACUGCUUAAAGAGAGAGUUUGUCCCAAAACACUGAUGUCGCAGACUCGGCUAGCGAUUCGAAGAUACAUCCCCCUUGCCAAUAAGGAGCCUGCCAUUGACAGGUUGGACAUGCCUCUGAUCCUGAGGAACUACCUGAAGCAUGACACCUCUGAACUCAUAUGAUGCUCAGUUUAUUAUCAGAAUUUAUGGCCAGUAGUGUUUUUUUGUUUGUUUUUUUACCUCAUUGUUGUACACUCAUGACUGAAUGAUUGAUUUGUAGCGUUGCCAUGUUUUCCUGCAAGUAGGUCAAGGUAACGCAGACUCUCACUCAACCAAUCUCAAUGUGUAAUAUUUUUGGUUCCUUUAGAGGUCACUGUACUGUACCAGAGCUGGAAAUUUUUUAUUAUUUAUACAUGAAGAUUGUAGUGUGUGACUACGCAUAGAUGUAUUUAUUAAAUAGCUUAAGUUUGAAUAGCCCCACAAAGCUCACUGAAGUGUCUUUGCCAAACACAGACAGAUGAUCUUGCUGAGGUGCUGCCAAAAGCUGCCAUGUCCCUGGGAAGUGCAACACCGUGGUUGACCACUAGAGACCACAGUAAUACUGUAUUUGAAAUUUGACAAUUUUGAACGUUAAUGCCUCUUUGCGUCUCAUCUUUAGCUCUGUUCUUUUCACAGGUGACAUUACACAAUCCAGGAUAGUCUCACUUUAGUUAUGGAGACAUCCAGAAACAACUGGAGAAACGCAUACACACACACAGACACAAACACACACAAAGCGUUUGCAUCGCACCAGAAUCUCUUAGAUCUUGCAUAAACAGCCUUGCAUCUGUUGACUUCAAAACAUCAGGAAGCGGAGUGAUCAGUCUACAC